GCAACACUUCUCCCUUCUCUAUAUAAACACCAAAUCCAUAGCUUUUUCUUUAAGUAUAAUUCUGUAUAAUCUCAUCAAAAAGCUUAAUCUCUUUGUAUCUUUUCUCUCUUUGAAAUUUCAUUCAUCCAAACCAACAUUUCUAGCUCUUGCAACCCUUUUUGUGUCUCUCUUUGACAAUCUCAAAAGAAGAUUUUUGAAGCCUUGUUUGGACACCAAGAAGGAUAUGGUAGAAAGCAGAGGAAAUCCUUUGCAACUCAAGUCUUUGAACCACAUUUCAAUAGUUUGUAGAUCAGUGAAGAAAUCCCUUCAUUUUUACAAGUCUGUUCUUGGGUUUUUCCCCAUUAGAAGGCCUGAUUCUUUUAACUUUGACGGUGCAUGGCUAUUCAACUAUGGCAUUGGCAUACAUCUACUCCAAUCCGACGAUCCCGAAAACAUGCCCAAGAUUACUCGGAUCAACCCCAAGCACAACCACAUUUCUUUCCAAUGUGAGAGCGUGUCAACAGUGGAGAAAAACCUUGAAGAAAUGGAGAUCAAGUAUGAGAAAGCCAGAGUAGAAGAAGGUGGUAUCUAUGUGGACCAACUUUUCUUCCAUGACCCAGAUGGACUAAUGAUCGAGAUUUGCAACUGUGACAAUCUUCCAGUGAUUCCAUUAACAGAAGAGUCAGUCCAAUCAUGUUCCAGAAUCAGCUGCAAUCUAAAUCAAAUGCAGCAACAACAACAGCAAGCAGCAGCAGCAACCAGUCAAAAUAAGCCAUUAAACAACAUGUUUGUGCCAUUGUUUUAACUUUAUCUCUUUUUUAUUUUUUUGGAUGAACCAAGUGAGUUUCUGAUGCUAUUCUUUCUGGAUUAGCUCUCCUUGUAAACUGAAUAUAUCUAUUUUUUUGUUUUUGUUUUUUCUUCUAUCAAUGAAUAACAUUCUAGAAAAAGAUUCUGAA